GUGAUCCAGACCUGCGCAAUGUGGCUGCAGAAAUGCAAGAACUUACAUCAGAUAACUUUAUCGGGUAAUCCACGGCAACACCGGCAUUCCCUCCAAUCAUGUCACCUGACCCGGAAGCUGCUCUACCCGAUCAACCCAUCGUUCGUCAGUUCUUACCUAACUCAACCUACGAGAACCUGUUCUUCUAUCGAUAGUGUAACCUUACCCCAUUUAGUUUAGACCAAUCGUAGCUCAUAGCUUGUAAACACAGCUUGAAUUUGAUUGAUUUAUUUUUUUUUUUUUUUCCUACACACGUUUUAAUGACCUCAUCCGACAAGGGACAAACUUACAGCAAAAUAAUCGACUGACCAACGUUCGACCCGUGGAAAUAUUCCACAGUAUCCCACGCCUCGGAAUAUCGCAAUUCCAUAUCGUCUCAUUGUGCAUAGCCUUUCGUUUUCUGCUAGGCGGCAAGUUCCAGAAACUAAUGUUCCUCAUCCUAUUGGUCAACUAAGCAUCAACCUUCAAACCCCGGUCCUCAUCGUGGAAGCCUUCCUUUUGGGUACCUACCUAUUCUACAGGCAUCCUAUCUCUUGGGUUUUGAACAACCCCGCCAUGACAUGAAGUAGAGAAAUCAUCAGUUAUGUCCGAACGUACCUCCGAGCAUCGACCCAUAUAAUAUUCCCUCCCUUUUUGGAAAACCGCAAGUUUACAUACCUGUCUAAGCUUAAUCAGGCGACAAUGUCCCUAGUCGCUGAUCAAGUACUGCGGUUGGACGCACAACUAGACCGCAUCCCAUUUAUUCAGUUGACCGGUUAUGACACCACGCAAGCCCCCAUAGAUUUCAAUAGUCCCCGCGUGAAGGAUUUGUUAAGGGUCAUUAAGGCGUUGUCAGCAACCUCGGGGUCACAGAAUGUUCUCUCAGCAUCCCAAAUUCAGUCUCUUCUCUCCCAAUCAAAACUGUUACCGGAUAAUGGCGAGUACACCUCGGCCAGCCAUUACGAGGCAGAACUCGAGUGGAGAUUGGUUAGCAAAGCUACCGUUCAAACAUACGGUAUCGUUUUAGAUACAUUGCUAGAUCGAAUUAUCCCAUUAAGUGACCAUAUUUGGUAUUGGGACGAUGUAUUAUCGUCACCAACUUACAGCAGCCUGUACAUGGUGCAAACAUCCCCUGUUCGGUUGUGGGCAUGGUCUAAAGAAGUGUACGUGGAUAGCAAGUCCAGAUUUCAACAGUAUACAACCAGCAGCGCUUCGGCAAAUGCUGAGUCGAUCCAAGCCGGUAUUACCCAACGAUGGGGUCGAUUUUAUAGGAUCGUGAGAGAGACUAUACGAGAAAGAUCACUCAUCAACAUCCAACGAAAGAUUAUGUCGCCAGUAGCCAUAUGUCGAUCAGAAGCGCGCGGAAAGCAAGCCAAACUGAAGAAACUUAGGGAAAUAACUUCCAGCGGUCUCGGCGUCUUAAUCGACGAGGCCCUUGACUUUGGUGGCAAUGGGAACGAGGACGGCAAGAGCGAUAUCAUGGUGUCGGACGAACAAGAAUGGAAAGGCGUCGUGGAGAAAAGUAUCUGUUUAAUGGACAUGGUCCUAAAAGAUGCCUUGACAUUGGAUGUUGGUAUCAGCGAUUUUGAAGAUAGAGUCUUUACUGGCGUUGAGGAGGAUCCCGAGUUGUCGAAUUUGAAUGGAGAGAAUGAAUCUGAUAGGGCGGCAUUGAUAGCAAGAAGGCUCCAGGAAUUGCUCGGAACUCAUCUGCCAGAACACGUACGGACAGCCGACAGACUAGUAGCAGAAAAUGGACGACCGUCAAGACUCGUGAGAUAUUGGCUCCCCGCUACAGCACUCCUCCUCUCAUCCACAACCAUUCUUCGAAUAUUCGUCAACCGAAAGCAGGAAAUCUUAGAUUGGAUUAGAGAUUUCGGCGUAACUGUACGAGACUUUUGGUUUAACUGGGUUGUCGACCCCGUUCGAAAAGUCAUCGGCACUAUCCGUCACGAUUCCAAUAGCGAAAUUGCUAUCAUGAGUCGGGAUAGUCUCAAUGCGGAUCGCGAGAGUUUAGAACGUAUGGUGGUCGACUUUGCCCUCGACAAACCAAAUGCUGCGACUGGCGCUCCAUCGGUAUCGGAAUCCCAGGUCGCAGAAAUCAGAGCUAAGGUUCGAGAAGGGGAUGUGACACCAAUCCUCCGUGCCUAUGAGAAAGACCUGCGUAGUCCAUUAAAGGGUACUGUCCGAGGCGAUUUGGUCCGAACGCUGCUCAUCCAAGUCCAGAAGACGAAGGUCGACAUAGAAGUUGCUAUGAGCGGCAUUGACUCUCUUCUAAAGAGUCAGGAGCUCGUCUUUGGCUUCGUAGGACUGACGCCCGGAAUUCUUGUAUCGGUCAGUGUGUUCCAAUACCUUCGUGGCGCAUUGGGAGGCAGAAGAAGUUUCCGUGAAACCCGAAAAUCUGGCAAAUGCGUCCGAGUUCUCCGAAACAUUGACCGUAUCUUGACUGAAGCAAGAUCGCCAUCAAACACCCUUUUGCCUUACAAAGACCAUGGUCUCAUUGUAUGCGAGGUGCAUGUUCUUCGACGUCUCGCACAUAACCUCCUCCCGGCCGACAUUGAGAAGGACUUCUUGGAGGAUUUGGAUGACCUUGCUAAUUUCAAAGGCAUCCAGUCCCAAUCGCGGGCUCUGAGCAGGAUACACUGGGCAUAUUCCAAGUGGUUAAGGUAGUCAGAUGGGUUUUACCGAUUUACUGGGAAGAGUUCGUCCGAGCCGGAACUACUGAACUGGGUACAUGUAGCACGACAUAUCAGAUUAGUGGGCAUUACGUGUAUGUCUCUCAAAGACGGAGUUUUAGUGUCGUUUAAGUUGAGAUGGCUCCUACGCGAAGCCUCUUUGUCAGCUUAGCGAUUGCCAUACAUACAUAUACAUAAGCAGCCCCUGACGUUGUCAAAUAAACUUGUUAGCUACCUAGGUAGUACCAGUACUCACAUGCAUUUUCUUAAGGCAGCA